GAUCUACCAGUCAGCUUCUGUCCUUUAACGGUUCACUGCCAUCCAAUUUAGUCUACUUUUAUCUAUUAGUUUGGAAGUAACCAAAAAAGUAUCUCACUACUGUUUGUCUCUACUUUCUCACGUACUCUACCACUGAUUCCACCAGAACUCACCAUGUUGAACAGACAAUUCAUCCGCGGCUUCGCCAACUCUGCCCGUGCCAGCAACUAUGCCAACACCAUCCAGAACUUGAAGGUCAACGCCGACACCAAGGUCAUCUACCAAGGUUUCACUGGUAAGCAGGCUACCUUCCAUGCCGAGCAAGCCAUUGCUUACGGCACCCAAGUCGUAGGAGGCACCAACCCUAAGAAGGCUGGCCAGACCCAUUUGGACAGACCUGUCUUUGCUUCUGUCAAGGACGCCAUUGCCCAAACUGGAGCCACUGCUACUGGUAUCUUCGUGCCUCCUCCAAUCGCUGCUGCUGCCAUCGAAGAAGCCAUCGCUGCUGAGAUCCCAUUGGCCGUAGCUAUUACCGAGGGUAUCCCCCAGAAGGACAUGGUCAGAGUCGCCCAGAUCUUGAAGACUCAAGAAAAGACUAGAUUGGUUGGUCCAAACUGUCCUGGUAUAAUCUCUCCAGACCAAUGUAAGAUCGGUAUUAUGCCUUCGCACAUCCACCAAAGAGGUAGAGUCGGUAUCAUUUCCAGAUCAGGAACCUUGACCUACGAAGCUGUGGCCCAAACCACUGCUGUUGGUCUUGGUCAAUCCCUCGUUAUCGGUAUGGGUGGUGAUCCUUUCCCAGGUACUAACUUCAUCGACGCCUUGACCCUCUUCUUGAGAGAUGAAGAAACCGAAGGUAUCAUUUUGAUUGGUGAAAUUGGUGGUACUGCUGAAGAAGAGGCUGCCGAAUUCUUAAAGCAACACAACUUGACCAGACCUCAAGGUCCUAAGCCUGUUGUUUCCUUCAUCGCCGGUGUCUCUGCUCCUCCAGGUAGAAGAAUGGGUCACGCUGGUGCCAUUGUCUCCGGUGGUAAGGGUGACGCUAAGUCCAAGAUCGCUUCUUUGCAAUCUGCCGGUGUCGUAGUGGAAGCCUCUCCUGCCAGAUUGGGUAACUCGUUGUUGAACGAAUUCAAGGCCAAGGGCUUGUUGUAGACUGCUUAGUGAUUAUUGAAAAAAUUGCUAGAGUUCUGUAUUCGCAAAAUAACUUAUUCCUCUUUUUGUUGUCCUAGAUAGAAUGAAUACACACACCAGACUG